GGGGGUGCCCUGUGCAGAUAUAUGUAAUCCUAUGGGAGAGGCAUCCAGGGAGAAAUGGCGGGUGUUGAAGAGAGCAGGGGCAAAUCCAUAAAGCUCCCCAUGCAGGGGGCCUCCUAUUCAAUCUACCGUGGGGCGGAGGAUGAGGAGGAACUGCACAUUGAGGAGCCGUCAGGAAACCCCAAUAACUCACAUGGGAGAAAGAAAACCUCUCGACUGUCGCCCACCCUCCAGAAAUACAUCAUCGGCAUCGUUCUUGUAGCGUUUGUGGCCUUUAUACUGGGGUUUGUGGCAACAAGGAGACCCUGCGCCUCAUGUGACUAUAACACAGCAGAGCUGUCCCAAGAUAAAGACCCCUAUGAAUCAUGGGACCAACAAGACCCCACCAACAUGGACUGGAACGACCUCAGAGACCUACUCAGGAAAUACCUGCGGGAUGGUCAGAUGAUUAAUGAUGUCAUCAGGAUGGUGAGUGAGGGGCCACACGCGGCCGGAUCAGAAGAGGACAGGGCACUGGCUCAGAUGGUGCUGGAGAAGCUGAAGACCUUCUAUCUGGAUCACACAUGGGUAGAAAGUCACUUUGCAGAGCUGCCGUUUCCAGACAGGAAGCGCCCCAGUUUCCUGGAGGUGACGGUGAAUGGGACAACAAAAGAGAGUAUUGAGAUGGGUGACUCAGACGUGUACUGUCCAUACAGCACAGAGGGAGACGUGUCGGGGGGCUUGCUGUAUGCCCAGUAUGGCCGGAGAGAGGAUUUCCAGAGGUUGGCAGAACUGGGACUGGAUCCUAAGGAGCAGCUGGUCAUUGUCCGUACGGGAUUUAUCAGCUUUGCCCAGAAGGUGGCUAAUGCAGAGGCUGCGGGUGCAGCUGGAGUCCUGAUUUACCCCGAAUCACCCAAUGACUUUGCUGUGUAUGGACAUGUCCAUCUUGGCACUGGAGAUCCAAAUUCUCCAGGAUUCCCUUCUUUCAACCAUACACAGUUCCCACCCAUGAAAUCAGCAGGACUUCCCAAAAUACCUGCUCAGCCAAUCAGCAGCGAAACUGCACGGAAACUGUUUAGGAAGCUCAUUGGUGUCCAGUAUCCCUCAUUCAGCAACGCAGACUCCAUCUUUUCAAAGUUUAAGAAUCCUAAACUGAACUUGCGCCUUGUAGUUAAGAAUGUGAAACGCAGUGUGGAACUUAUAAAUGUGUUUGGCAGUUUGACGGGACUCGUUGAGCCAGAACAUUACAUUGUUGUUGGAGCUCAGAGAGACUCUUUGGGUCCAGGGGCCGCUAAGUCGGCAGUAGGCACCGCCAUCUUGUUAGAAUUGGCACGUACUAUAUCCAUGAUGGUCCAUAAUGGGUUCAAGCCUCGCCGCAGCUUACUCUUUGUUAGUUGGGAUGCUGGAGAUUUUGGAAGCAUUGGUGCCACAGAGUGGCUAGAGGGGUAUCUCAGCAUGUUGCACCUGAAGGCAGCUGCCUAUGUCAGUGUUGAUUCUGCAGUUCUAGGAGAUGAGAGGUUUAUUGCCAGGACAAGUCCGCUAUUCAAGAGCUUAAUCAAGAACAUAAUAAAGCAGGUAGAGAACCCUCGGCGCAGCCAGCAAAAUAUCUAUGAAAAUGCUGUGUCCAAAAAUAAAAUGUGGGAAACAGAAGAUUUGCAGCCUCUCUUGAUGGACACCAGUGCUUUUGCCUUUACUGCAUUUGGAGGGGUACCUGCAGUGGAACUUUCAUUUGCAGAGAUGGAGCAGCCUUACCAGUACUUGGACAGCCGAUCUGAUAAUUACAAUAAUCUCAAUGAUGUGGUGGGGGGCAGAUUGGCUGCGGUGUCCCUCAGCAUGGCAGAAGUAGUAGGACUAAUAUUAAUCAAACUCUCCCAUGAUCACAUCCUACCCCUGGAUUAUUCUGCUUAUAACAACGAACUUCUCCAGCAUGUGAUAGACUUGAACCAAUACAGCAGCAAGUUCCAGGAACAAGGCCUCACCCUCCAAUGGCUUUCAUCAGCCCGGGGUGACUACACACGGGCAACACAGACCCUGAGGAAGGCUCUCAGCCUAUCAGACCUGAGCAACGAGAAACUCAUUCAGUCCUUCAAUGUGCGCAUCAUGAGGGUGGAAUUCUAUUUCCUGUCCCAGUAUGCCUCUGCCACUGAAUUCCCAUAUCGGCACAUUCUGAUUGGCCGGGGAGAACACACUUUCCAAGCUCUGAUUGAUCACCUGAAGAACAGUCCUGAGAAUAUCAAUGUGGGGCUCCUGCGCAAACAACUUGCUCUUUUUACCUGGACGGUGAAGGGGGCAGCCAAUGCCCUGAGUGGGGAAGUUUGGGAAAUCCAAAGGAGCUUCUAGGUUCCCCUGGGUUUAACAAGGGUUUGAUAAUGAACACUCAUUGGUACUCACUGGUUAUACACAUAAUGGAGGGUAUAUACCAAAGUAUUCCCAUCGUUUGACGCUUUGCCUUUCCUUACAUGGAGUACAGUCCUCACCUUUCCAAAUUGCCUUUCACUGUGGGGACUAUUCAUUGAUGAGUUGGACUCCAAAAAUGGUACUUUAUGGGCCUGCAGGUGAUUGGUCACUCAAGUGACUGGCUUGUUGAGCUUUGCAUUCUGUAAAGAAGAGUGAGAAAGUAGUAGUAACUUUGGUACAAACUCACAAUUAGUAAUAACUUCACCAGAGUGUUCAUUACCAGCCCCUAUGCACCAAACCUCUAAUUGUCUCAUUUAUACCUUCAUUUAUCAGUGACAGUGCUCACUAUCAAUCAUAUUGUGUUGUGCAUAGUUAUUACCUUGUAUGUUGCGCCAGAUUCAUCAUAUGUGUUCAUUUAUCAGUGACAGUGCUCACUAUAAAUCAUACUGUGUCGGGAAUAGUAAUUGUUACCUUGUCUGUGGUGCCAGAUUCAUCGUAUGUGUUAAUUUAUCAGUGACAGUGCUCACUAUAAAUUAUACUGUCGGGGAUAGAAAUUGUUACCUUUUUGUGGUGCCAGAUUCAUCGUAUGUGUUAAUUUAUCAGUGACAGUGCUCACUAUAAAUGAUACUGUCGGGGAUAGUAAUUGUUACCUUGUUUGUGGUGCCAGAUUCAUCAUAUCUGUUAAUUUAUCAGUGACAGUGCUCACUAUAAAUCAUACUGUGUAUAAUAAUUGUUUCCUUGUUUGUGGUGCCAGAUUCAUCAUAUGUGUUAAUUUAUCAGUGACAGUGCUCACUAUAAAUCAUACUGUGUCGGGAAUAGUAAUUGUUACCUUGUUUGUGGUGCCAGAUUCAUCGUAUGUGUUCAUUUAUCAGUGACAGUGCUCACUAUAAAUGAUACUGUCGGGGAUAGUAAUUGUUACCUUGUUUGUGGUGCCAGAUUCAUCAUAUGUGUUCAUUUAUCAGUGACAGUGCUCACUAUAAAUCAUAUUGUGUUGUGCAUAGUUAUUACCUUGUCUGUGGUGCCAGAUUCAUCAUAUGUGUUCAUUUAUCAGUGACAGUGCUCACUAUAAAUCAUACUGUGUCGGGAAUAGUAAUUGUUACCUUGUCUGUGGUGCCAGAUUCAUCGUAUGUGUUAAUUUAUCAGUGACAGUGCUCACUAUAAAUUAUACUGUCGGGGAUAGAAAUUGUUACCGUGUUUGUGGUGCCAGAUUCAUCAUAUGUGUUCAUUUAUCAGUGACAGUGCUCACUAUAAAUCAUACUGUGUCGGGAAUAGUAAUUGUUACCUUGUUUGUGGUGCCAGAUUCAUCAUAUGUGUUCAUUUAUCAGUGACAGUGCUCACUAUAAAUCAUACUGUGUCGGGAAUAGUAAUUGUUACCUUGUUUGUGGUGCCAGAUUCAUAGUAUGUGUUCAUUUAUCAGUGACAGUGCUCACUAUAAAUCAUACUGUGUAUAAUAAUUGUUACCUUGUAUGUUGCGCCAGAUUCAAGAGACCGUGACCAAUGCAAGAGACCCUAUAAAUUGCCUGUGCAUAUUGCUUUUUUUGACUUCA